GACGUCUGCUCUGGGCACGCCUACACGAAAAUCUCUACUCUCGCGAGGUUUGGCCGCUGACAGACAUGGCGGACUUGGUGGAUCUGUGCUCACCGGAGAGAUGAGCCAGGGAACCGGUGACAGCGAGCCGGAGGCCAAGGUGCUGCACACCAAACGGCUAUACAGGGCUGUGGUGGAGACGGUGCAUCGGCUGGAUCUUAUUAUUUCCAACAAGACGGCCUAUCAAGAAGUGUUCAAGCCUGAGAAUAUCAAUCUGAGGAACAAGCUACGGGAAUUGUGCGUGAAGCUUAUGUUCUUGCAUCCCGUGGAAUACGGCAGGAAGGCUGAGGAAGUUCUAUGGAGAAAAGUCUACUAUGAAGUCAUCCAACUCAUCAAAACCAACAAGAAGCACAUACACAGCCGCAGUGCUCUAGAAUGUGCCUACCGCACCCACCUGAUCGCCGGCGUGGGCUUCUACCAGCACCUUCUACUCUACAUUCAGUCCCACUACCAGCUGGAGCUGCAGUGCUGCAUCGAUUGGACCCAUGUCUCUGACCCCCUCAUCGGUCAGUCUUCAGGCUGCAAGAAGCCGGUGUCUGCCUCUGUGAAGGAGAUGGAGUGGGCACAGAUGGCAUGCCACAGAUGUCUGGUGUACCUGGGAGACCUGGCUCGGUAUCAGAAUGAACUGGCGCUUGUGGACACAGAGAAGUUGGCUGAGAGGUUUUAUUACCAAGCUCUGACAGUCGUGCCUCAGAUGGGAAUGCCAUUUAACCAGCUUGGUACGUUAGCUGGGAGCAGGUACUACCACGUGGAAGCGACCUACUGCUACCUACGCUGUAUCCAGUCUGAGGUCUCCUUUGAAGGUGCGUACGGCAACCUGAAGAGACUGUAUGACAAGGCGGCCAAGAUGUAUCACCAGCUGAAGAAAAGCGAGAACCGGAAACUGUCGCCCAGCAAGAAGAGGUGUAAGGACAUCAAGCGCUUGCUGGUCAGCUUCAUGUAUCUCCAGAGACUCCUACAACCUAAGAGCAGCUCGGUGGAUUCAGAGCUCACCUCCCUCUGCCAGUCAGUCCUAGAAGAUUUCAACCUGUGCAUGUUCUACCUGCCCUCCUCCGUCAACCUGAGCUCAGCCAGUGAGGAUGAGGAGGAGUAUGAAGGAGGCUAUUCCUUCCUGCCGGAUCUGCUGGUCUUCAGGAUGGUGGUCAUCUGUCUGAUGUGCGUCCACAGCCUGAAGAGGGCAGAUUCCAAGCAGUACAGUGCCGCUAUAGCCUUUACAUUGGCCCUCUUUUCCCAUCUGGUUAACCAUGUGAAUAUCAGACUACAGGCAGAGCUGGAAGAGAGUUCUGUCCCCGCUUUCCAGAAUGACACUCCAGAUGACCCAGAAUCCAGAGAGGUUGAGAAAGAUGCCGAACCCGAGAUAAAUCAGAUCAACAAGCCGACACAAGCUAAACCUCGCAGCAAGAAGAGCCACAAGUACUCCCGCCUGUCCCGCCUCAGGAGACGCAGACCCGCCAGGAAGGUGGACGAGAGCGACUUGAGUGAGGGAUUUGACUCGGACUCCAGCCAUGGAUCGGCCAAGGGCAGUGACAUUUCUGAGAGUGCGUCAGAGAAGAGCGAUGAAGAAGCUGCCUUUGACAUGGAGUCCGACUCGGACAUGAACAGUCAGGAGUCUCGUUCUGACCUGGAAGACAUGGAGGAUGAACCUGGAGAGGAGACAAAGAAUCUGACAGAAAGCAAGGAAACUUCCAGGACCCCGGAGGAGCCAAAAGCUGUCAGCUCUGCCAAGGCGGAUGCCCAGGAGCCUGUGAAUGGUCCUGGCCCCACCACCAGUGAAGCGAGCAUAGCAAGCAACCUGCAAGCCAUGUCUACCCAGAUGUUCCAGACAAAGCGCUGCUUCCGCCUGGCUCCCACAUUCACCAAUGUCUUUGUGCAACCUUCAUCAGGACCCGUCCCCCCUAUCGCCAAAGAACCAGAACCACUUGUGAAUGGAGAGGUGGUAAAGACCAAUUUGAUGCAACAAGGAGAUGCCUCUGACUCUGAAGAAAGCAUCGAGAGCAACAAAUCAAGUCCCAAUGAGCGGAGUCUUCAGGAGAGGCUGGAGGUGAUCACCAGUGAGGGGCUUCUGGCCAGCGUCAAGGUCUUCCUGGACUGGCUGAGGACCAACACGGAUAUAAUAAUCAUGUGUGCGCAGAGUUCUCGGAGUUUAUGGAACAGAUUGUCGAUGCUUCUGAACCUGUUACCUCCUGCAGCCAAGAUCCAGGAGUCCGGGAUUUCCUUAUGCAGCGAGGUUCAGAAUCUGCUGCAGGAGUCGGAGCAGGCAGACAUGAGCCACCAUAUAUUACUCCCCGAGGACGCCGCUCUCAGGAACCUGCCGCCACUCAAGGCUGCACAUCGCAAGUUCAACUUUGAGAAGGAGCGUCCGCUGCUCACUGUCUUGGAAGAGUCUAUUGUGCGCAGCUGUUACAUCCGAAGCUUCGGCCAUUUCCUUAAGCAGCUACAGGGCAAUGUCCUGCAAUACAACCCGGAGCUGGGGAUCUUCACCAGCAUCGCCGAGACUCAGCAAGACAACAUCCUGCACCAGGCUCAGGCACACUUCCGCAUGGCUCAGGAGGAAGCUCGGAGGAACCGUCUCAUGAGAGACAUGGCGCAGCUUAGACUCCAGUUGGAGGUAUCACAACUAGAGGGCACUUUACAGCAACCGAAAUCUCAGUCCGCCAUGUCCCCGUACCUCAUACCAGAUACACAGGCUCUUUGCCAACAUCUUAAUGUCAUCAGGCAAUUGGCUCACAGUGGGAGGUUCAUCAUCAUCAUCCCCCAGACGGUUAUAGACGGCUUAGACUUUCUGAAGAAGGAAAAUGCCGGCGCUCGAGACGGGAUCCGAUACUUAGAAACAGAGUUUAAAAAGGGAAACAGGUAUAUCCGCUGCCAGAAAGAAACUGGGAAAAUCUUUGAGCGGAACAAGCUGAAGCGGCAGGAUACAAACGCCUGGCAUCUGUAUAAGAUUCUGGACAGCUGCAAACAGCUGACGGUGUCCCAGGGCAGCAAUGAGGAGGAGACGGCAGGCAUGGUGACCAUUAUAACCGGCUUCCAGCUCGAUGACCCAGAAUGUUUCUCUCCGGCCAUGCAGUCUGCCCUGCAGGCCGUGUCUGGCUCCAACAUCGAGAUCAAGAACGUUCUAGAUUUCUACAAGCAGUGGAAGGAGAUGGGCUGAUGAUGACGGUCGCCGCGCUGGUGAUGUACAAAUAUCUAAAACCUUCACACUCCCCUCUUGAGCCGCCGCAGCUUUAAAGAAAAAAAGUUUUUUUUUGUUAAAUCUAAAAACCGCAACUAUUUGGCAAAUGAAGUGAAACUAAAUGGAACCGUAAAAGAUCCAUAACCAGCGAGAAAAACACACAAAAAAAGUCCUUUUCGGUGUUUCUGGCGCCCACCAGUGGUUGGGGGCGCGGCUGCGGUGCCAGAGGAUGGGCGGAGCUUGUCCUCCAUUGGCUGUUGGUGAAGCAUUUAUCGCCCGCUGUGUGACAUCCGUGCCUGACCUCGGGGAUCGGAUCGGGACGAACCUUCUUCUGUCGUGUAGUGUGGUGACCGGUCGUCGUACCAUCCCCCCUCCCCCGUACUGCUGUACUGUUCACGCCCCUUAUCUCUACCCCCCCCCCCCCCCCGUUUUCUUUCCUUAAAUGUUUCCCAUCUUUGGAGAAUGUCGAAUAAAGAAA